CGCAACAUAACAAAAAUAAAAAACACUCGUCACGUAAUAAAUGAUAACAAAGCAGGAGCAGAAAAUGGCUGAAAGCAACGCCAAGAAGGAGGAAGGCGAAGGCGAAGGCGAAGCCGGAGGGAAUUGGUGGGGCAUGGGUGGACUGUUGAAAACUGUGCAGGAAAAGUCCGGCAGUGCUUGGGUUCAGAUGAGAAGGGAUCUGGGUGAAUUUGGAACUACCAUACAGAGGGACACUGCCCAAGCAGCUGCAUCAACCGCUACACUCAUCAGGGAUCAGCUCAAGGUUCAAGAAGGAGAGGAUGAAGAGAAUGAGGACGUGACGACAACGGCUCGGAUGAAGGUUGGUUUCUCCAAGCUCUUGACGGGUCUCUCUCAGAGUCUCACUCCAACAGAAGGCAACGCCUCUUCAAGGGACGAUGACGUACCCAUGGGUCGGAAGGAUCCUCACAUCUUUGAUAAAGCCAGAGCACGUCUUCACGCAAUGCAGACAGACCCUACCACCUACUGCAGUGAUCCAGACGGUGUUCCAGAAUUCAAAGAGUGGAUGGAGUCCUUCAAUGUGGAAAAUUUCAAGGGAGAGAUAUCAGAACUGUUGGUAGUAAACACCGAUGUGAGAGCACUCUACACCAAACUGGUACCGGCAGCUGUAUCUCAUGUCGAGUUCUGGGGCCGAUAUUUCUACCGGGUGCAGCAGCUGAGGGAGGAUGAAAACCGGCGGAGAGCCCUGAAGGAAAGAGCGGACAUGACAUCAUCACAGAAAUUUGAAGAGGAAGAUCUCGGAUGGGGUGACGAAGAUGACACAUGGGACACUGUACCUGAUGCCUUGAAGAACCAAUCUGGAGUAGAGAAAUUUGUUGUCCUACCUGAAGACACCGACAAGGAAUCGUCAGGGGCCUCCUCUACUGAACAUCAAACAGAAUCACGUACGGACCAACCAACGGAAUCAAACACGGACCAACAAACAGAAUCACCAAUGUCAAGGAUCGCUGAAACGGACUCGAGCGAACGACAACCAUCUCAUUUGUCGUCGUCACCUGUUGAUAAACGGAAAUCAAAAGAAUGUGAAGACGAUAAACCUACGGACCCUGUACCUGAAUGUGACAGUGUAACGAAAGUGGACCAGGACCCGAGUAGACCAGAACCCGAACCAGCCAGCCAAACAAGUGUACUUGAAUCUAGUCCUAGUCCUGUCGUUGAAAAGGAAUCGGAACCUGCUGCGCCCAUCCAAACACACCAAGUGUCUUCCACGCCAGAUGAAUCUAUACCUGAAGCGCCCUCAACCGCAGCACACUUGCAAAGGACAGUUGGGGUGGAGGAAGAGGGGUCGAAGGUUAAAGUUGAUGAACUCCGGCUUGAAGGAUUGACCAUUCAGACAGAGGGUAAACAGGAUGACAGUAAGGCAGAGACGGCAAAGGCUAUGGAACAGACAUCACCAGUCGCAUCGGAAGCAAGCAAUAGAGAAUCGAGUCUAAGUGACGACUGGGAGAAGGACUUUGACGACAUCGAGGUGACGGAGGAAGACCUCAAGAACGCUUCGGUCAAGCUUUCCUCGGGAGCAGUGGGCGAUGAUGAUUUGGACGAGGAUUGGGAGAGCUGGGAGUGACCAAAGGAAAUCUCGCAAAGUGUUUUGCCGGUCAAGCUUAAUUCACAAGCAAUGGACAAUGAUCAUCUGGACGAUUCGGAAACCCGAGAUUGAUUACUCUGCCAAGAUUUUCAUGAGUGACAUCUCGUAUGCUUGGAGCCAGAACGGCAUUAACCCAUUGGGUGGUAUUCUCGAAAGCGGACUAACUUUAGUCCAUGGUUAAAUCCACCGACUAAGUAUGGA